GGGAUCUAGUUUCAAGGUUUGCUGGAUAUGUUUGCUCUCGCUCUUCUAAAGAUGGGUGACCUAGUUAGCUUCGGUUUUUGUUGAUGUAAACUCAUGGAGAACCAGAUUUUCACAGCAAGUUAUCAUCGUUAUGGUAGCCAAGAGCAGCUGGUUACAGAAAUGAACGACAAUGAUGAAGAAGAUGACGAUUUUGACGAAGAGGAAGAUGAUGAGGAUCUUGAAGACGGCGAGGAUAUCGAUCUGAGAGAACAUGCGUACGACUUUGUUCAAGUCGCUGCGUCUCCCAAGCAUAUUCACUUCGUUACCGACGCCUCUCUCAGCUCGUGGAGUGAUCCAGAGGCGGCAUUGGAAACGAGCACUCGUUUAGGGUAAAUAUUUAAGUUUUCAGAUGUAACACUUCAUAAAAGUCACAAGUACCACAACCAAUGGUAAUUAUUCAGAAUCAUUUGCGGUGAAUCUGUUCUCAGUUGUCUCGAAUUGUUUCUUAAACUUAGGCGCGUGGACAAUCUAGACAUGCAGUUACCAUAACCAUCAAAUCUCAAAAUACAGAAACAAUCGAGAUUAAACAAAUGAAAGUCUACAAUGCGAUUUAUUAGUCUUUAAAACGUAAGUUGUUCGGAUUAAUGCAGUGAUACACUUGCGCUCUGUUCAUUUCCUUAUCAAUAAUUUACAUAAUGAGUGACCUGCAAAGUGAACUUUGAUGAGCUGGCUUGAAAUAAUUUUGCAUCACGACGGUUAGAUAUCUUCAAAUUAAAACUGUCAUAAGCCUCAACCUUUUCGUAAGGUUACUUAAUUUUGAGAAUUACUAAUUGACGUUUCGUCCAAGAAUAUAAAAUUACUCAUUUGGAAAAUAACUUUUUUUUGCGUUUCAUUGGACAUUGCUUUCUGCUUUGUGAUAAACAUUAUUUAUUUAUUACAAUUACAAUGGCAAUUGACAAAAUAAAGUAAUCACCCAUAACAAAGGAAAUGCCAUAAGGAUGGUCUGUAAAAGAGUCCAAGACCCCAUCCUCAGACAGACCACCUAACUAAAUAUAAAGUUUAAAAAUACAAUUAAUAUAAUCAAUUAAAAUCUGUAAUAAAAAUUCUAAAAUAUGUGUCUAUGAGUUAUUCAUUAAGAAGUUCCUCACACCACACUUAAAACUCGAGAUACUAGACACUGAUCUAAUUGGAAAUAGGAGUGAAUUGCACAUAUCAACAAAACAAUUCAAAAAACCAAACUUGAAAAUAUUAGUACAGGCAUAAUAAUUAUUCUUCUUUAAAGUAAGUCCCAUCUUUCUUUCACAAAGGGUACCUAGCAGUAUCAGAGUAAAAUUGUACAACUGAAGAGAUGUCAAUAUCAACAUAACCAUUCAAAACUUAUCUACUCUCAUACUGCUUCUAUCUGUGUAAUAGGUGGUGCUACAGCUUUUUUUGUUUAAAUUAUUGAUUGGGUUCCAUUGACUGAUCUACUGGAAAAGACUAGUGCUCAGCUUGAGCCAUUGUCUGGGCAUAAUUUGGAGGGAAACCUUGAUCUAGUUGUCGGAAUUAAUGAAGGAUUUUUAUUUUAAAAAAAGUUUUAUUGAGAACCACAUUUUCAGUAAAUGGAGAAAAAUUUUAUCACUCUUAAAUAUUUUACUGCAAGGUAAUUGUUCCAAAAAAAAAAGGAAAAAAGAUUGCUGUGUGUGAUCUACAUGUGACAGUUAUGCAAACGAUUUGUCCCAGUUCAAUUUUUACAUAAAUUUGUAAAGAUCAGAAUGAACAGACUGACUUAGAAUAGCUGAAAGUAUUUUGCAGGCUUAAACUUUGUUUACAGAACAAAAAGUAAGCUCUACAUGAAGUGUCUCAUCUAAAGUGUACCUUACAUUGUGUGACUUUUCAUUUAAGAUGUAUCUGCUAGCAUUAGCUGUGGUCACACCACAGACUUUUACUAUGGGGAAAUAGAUUAACCAGGGAAAAUUACCCAAAUUUUCUCAUGGUAAAAUUUAUCUUGGGUUUCAGUUUCCAAAGAUGAAAGGUUACAUCAGCCUUUGCCACCAGUCUUAUCUGCGGGUUUUGCUUAGGGUUUGCUUAGGUAGGCUCCUUAUUGCUGUAAGGAGAAGUCGAAUGCUGGUCACUCUUAGGGUUUAAAGGGUCAAUGCUUAAUUUCUUGUUAUUAUUUUUUCACUGCUUACUGAUUGUUCUCUCCUCCUAUUACAGGAAAUUCCGAGCGUCCCUUAGAAGAAUUGUGGAGCAUUUUUCUGUUAGGUUGGUAAUAAAGUGUGAAACAGAAAAUUACCACACAAAACCAGUGCUUUUUUUAUUCUCAUUUAAGCCAAUAGUUUUGGUCGAAGGAUGAAUGAUUUCUUGUUACUUUUAUUUAUUGUUAAUGGAACCUCUUUCUUUUCAAACUUUUUGUUUGUUUAAUUGUUUUUUAUUUCAUUUGCAUGUUUUGUUAAUUUUGAUUUGAUUUUGUCUGGUAGAGUAUUCAGUCUCCUUUUGGUAUUAGCAGAUAUUAUUAUUGUCAUAGUUGACUUGGCCACUGCAGGAAAAGAUCAAAGGGUAAAUUAUAAUUGUAAUAUUUAUGUUUUGUAUAAGAAAACUUAGAACUUUGAAGGUAAAAUUUGGCAGUGAAGUAUUAAAAAAUAAACUUUUCUUUCAAGAAGUAUAUUUCAACACCAUUUUUUGGCACUCCAUAUGAUCUUAGUUCUGUAAUAGUUAAUAAUACUAAUAUUGGAGAGCUCACUCAUUCCACCACAACUAUAACCUAGUAUUUAACCCAGUAACUCCAGCAUGUGACCAAUACAGAAUUUCUCUUUUUAAAAUCAAUACAAUGUCAAGCAGACAAAAGGUGAGAACGAAUAAAAAUAUCAAUUAGGGGAUUAUAAAUUGAUCUAAAACCAAAUUCUCCAAACUAACAUCAUAAGAAUUGCAUAACAGACAGUAAGGAGAAUUUCUGAUGAGAAUGUGAGAGUGAAAGGGUGAAAAGUUAACCUAAUCAUGAGGCACCUGGAACAUUGGGUUGAACAGGAAUCUCCCAGAACUACAAGUUAUUUGAAUUCAUUUAGGGUAGCAGGGCUUCUUGUCUUCUACUGCUGUGACCCAGUGUGUCACAUGUGGAUUGAGUUUUUGGUUGGUUCUUAUCCUUUCUCUAAGGGUUUUUCUCCAGGUCCUCUGGAUUUCCUCCCUGUGCAAAAACCAACAUUCUAAAUUCAAUUCAACUAAAUUCAGUGCAACAAGAAGAGCCACCUCUUGGAAUGUCCACUGCUAGAUUAUUAUUAUUAUUAUUAUUAUUAUUAUUAUUAUUAUUAUUAUUAUUAUUACUAUUAUUUAUUAUGAAAAUAAUUGGUUUUAUUUGUUUGGUUUUGUAAAUACAUUUGCAACCAUUCGUGUUUGUAUAAUAUUCUUUUUUUGCUUAAUUUGACAUAAUAGAUAAAUUGAUAAACUACUCUUUUCAGAUGGAUAUAAAUUUAGCAUACUUUGUAACCAAAUUUGAAUUCAACUUGUGAAUUUUUUUAAGCUUAAUGGAAAUGGGACCAUUGCUUCAUAGUCGUGUAUCAAUUGCAUUGUAUGGCUCUAUUUGCUUUAAGAAAAGAUGAUAAUGAUCAAUCCACUUGUAUCAUUAUUUUAUGCCAUGUUUGUGUUUGCAUUCUAGACUCUGGAAAUAUUAUCCAUUUUAAUAGUCACCUACUUUUUAAUAGAGGUCCUUCUAAGGAUUUUUGCUUUAGGGUGAGUUUAAGUUACUUGACUAUUUUACACUGAAGUGACUAGCAUCUAAUUUCUCCACACGAUUUCACCCCUGAAUCACACGUCAAGGUCACAAGAAUAAAGGAAAUGAUCACUAACUAAACAAGCUCCUGAUUGUUAUACAGAUUCUCGUUGUCAGCACCAUAGGAAAUGUGUGGAGAAUAGAAGCAAGAAUAUGCAUAGUGAUGUUAAAGGGUAGAGGGUUAGGGGCACAAUACUCUCAAAGGGUUUAUUUGAGUGGCUGAUUUUAGUGUUUAACAACCAACAUAACUGAUUUGAGAGUUUUCCUUUUUAUCACAAAUUUAUAGUCAUAGUAAAACCAAGAAAGGAAAUUGAAUGAGCUUGAAGCAGAACUCUGAUUUAUUUAUGUGUAUGAUUACAACUGUGAUCAAAACUAUAAUAAAAAAAUUCUUGAACAUGAUUGGUUAUCACCAGUCUGAUUUGAGCACUGAUAAGGCAGUGUAUGCAUCAGGCUUGUGUAAUUGGACAGUUUGCGUCAUGUGCAUGCUCUUAAGUAAUAAAUCAGACCUCUGCUUCACAGUCAUCUGAUUUUGUGUAAUCACUUGUAUGGUAGCAAUCCAAAUUGGACUCCACUCAGUCCUUUUACCAUUACCAAUUGCAUGAGAUAUUUUCUAAUUGUUGCAUUGGGCUUUGUCACUCACUUUACUUUUUCUAGUGGUUUCACCCACAGAAUUAAUUUCUUUUGUUGCAGGAGAGCCUUCUUCCACAGAUGGCUAGAAAUCGUAGAUCUGAUAGUAGUUGUAGUUUCAUUCAUCCUCACCCUAACCUUUUCUCUCCUGACACUAGAGGAACAUGGCUAUGCAAAGUGAGUAUUCUGAAUCAGGCAGGAACCAAGCUGUUUCAGUUGUGAAAAAGAAAAGAUUUGAUGGAAUUGAAUAUCUAAAUGAUCUAAUCACAGUAAAAUUAUUUGUUGGAUGUAACUAAAGAGCCUAGUGGUAAAACACUUGGUUGUUUUAUUGUUUUUUCCAUUAACCAGAUAUUUGUUUAAUUUCGUCAUGUGCUAUAGUGUCUAGAAAAUGCUUUAUUUUCCUAAUUUUUUUCAAUUCUUCCUUCUUAUUGUUUACCAUACACCUCUCAUAUUUUUUAAGUUUAUGUAGCUGGUCUUUCCUUUUCCUUUAUAUUUAUCCAAAGUGGAGAUGAGGAGUUUACUAUAAACAAUCAUUUGUUUUUUUUUUCUUCUGUUUCAGACUCAUCAUUACUGCUCGUCUUGUGCGAAUAUUGCUGUUUAUUAGAAUUGUCACAGGAAAAGACCAAGUUGAAAGAGCUACAAGAAGAAUGGUUUGUGGAGUUACUGUAGGAAACAUUGCCAGUGGAGAUAUUGUUAACCUCUGCUUUUCCCCCCCUUGUUACAAAAUGUUAAGUGCCCCCCCUCCUCUGAAAAAAAAAACAGCGAAUAAGAAGACUCCAGUCCUCAUUACAUAUUCAAUAACAUUGUGCUUUCCCUAUGUUUUCUUUGAAACUAGAUAUCACAGAACAAAAGGAGAUAUCAAAAGGAUGGUUUUGAUUUAGACUUGACAUAUGUAACAGGUCUGUAAAAUAUAACUUUUUAUUAUUAAUCACUUAUGGUAACCUAGAAACUUAGUCUCUGUUUGUUUCUAAAAUAGGAUAAACAUCAGAAAUAAUCUGUAAAUAUAUUGAGAAUGAAUAAUCUUCAUGUUUUUAAUCAUUAUUAAUUCACAAGAUCAAAAAAAAAAUAACCAAAAGGCAGGCUCAUGUUAUUUUAAUUUUAGUUUGUUUACGUCCACACACUGUUAGGCUACUCAGUCCAUUCACUAUUUAACCCUUUGCACCCUGUCAUCAGUAUGCAUAUUCUCCAUACUGCUCUCUCUACAUUCCCUGAGCUGACAAGGAGAAUUUGUGUAACAAUCAAGAGCUCCUUCAGUUGGUGAUCUUAAUGUGUGGUUUAGGGGUGAUAUUGUAAGGAGAAAUUAACAGCUGGUCACUCUUAGGGGUAAAAGGGUAAACCCUUUAUCUCUGAAGAGUGACUGGUAUCUAAAUUCUCCUUACAGUGUCAAUGCUGAGUCAAAUGCAAAAGUCAUGAGAAUUCUUGAUUGUUAAACAAAUUCUUGUUGUCAGUUCCAUGGGAAAUGAUUCAAGGACAGUAUCAGGGCGUGAAAUUAACUUUUUUUUCUGAUAGCCACUUGGCUCCUCAAUUCUUCAAAGUGGUAGCCAAUUCAAAAAAAGUGGGUCACCAUUUUCAAAGACAAACAAAAUCUUUCUUUACGCUGUCAGCGUUCUAGAUAGACCCUCCAAAAUUAAGUUAGGGAAAAGAUCUUUAACAUGCUACAAAGUGGACACUAGGAUGGAUGAUAUACAAAGUUCAGGCUCAUCUAAAUCCAAGAUGGCAUCUAGUUAUCGAUCGAGAUGCACGUGCUACGUUUUGGAAACAAACUUAAAGAGGAAGUUUGCGGCGGAUUUAUCUUUGCAAAUCUUUUUAAUUCACUAUAUCUCUUGGUAAGGUUAUGAUGAAACAUUCUAGUCGCCAAUUUGGCAACUAACUUUCAGGAUUUGGUCGCCAAAGUGAAAAAUUUAGGGGCAUUGGCGCCUGUAUUAGGUGCAAUUUCAUGCCCUGAGUAUGGAGAUUGUGCAGUCUGAUGUUAGGGUGUUUAAGUUAAUGGAAUAGGAAGCAAAUAGCAUAGCUAAUCAGAUUGCAGAAUUUGGAUAGAACACAAGUAGAUUUAUAAUAAUAAUUACAGUUGGUUAUGAUGAGGAUAAUUAGAGUUUUCCAUGCAGAGAGAAAUUAGAAAGUAGAUAACUAGUAAAAUUUAAUUUUGCUAAGUUAUCAUAAUUAUAUUCUUAAAUUCAGAGAGAGUUAUAGCCAUGUCAUUCCCAUCGUCUGGAAAACACAAGUUAUACCGUAAUCCAGUGUCAGUAAGUGAACCACUUAUUUUAUCAUAAAGCUCUAACAGGCUAUUAAUUAGCCCUUUCACUCCAAGUGGUUGCUAAGACAUACUUUCUACUACAGUAAUUAUACAAUAUCAUGUGCACAAGUGAUAAAAAUAUAGGAAAAUGUGAGUUAGAGGAUUAUCAUAUGAUCCAGUACUAAAUUCUCAUAUCUAAAAAUUGUGCAACGUAUGCUAUAAAGUAUUGAGAAUCACUACUUAAAAGAGACCUUGGAAGUGAAAGGGUUAAUGCUAGUGAUCAGACUGCACAUAUAUGAAAAUCAUAUAAUUAUGUGAACUGCAUAUAAAGAAGUGAAUAUGUUAGUGUUCUUCACAGUAAUUGCUAAUUAAAAGCAGUAGUGAAAACAAGGCCAGAAAAAAAAUUAAGGCCAAUACAGGAUCUGAACCCAUGACCUCUCCUUUCUGAUCAGAUUUUCUUUGUUAAUCUAUAGAGCUUGUACAUGUCAUAUAAAAAAAAGAAGUGCUUUCCUUUUUUCCAAGAUCUCUUUAUGCACUGGCAGUAUAGAUUAGUUGGUGUGUUUUUAUAGUGCUCAAUUCAGUUUAACUUACUUCUUUGUGAACACUGUUAUAUGAUGUUUUAUUGUUUAGGGAAGUAAGCAUGUUGCCUUUUUGUUCACAGGAAGUUGUGCGAUUCUUGGAUACAAAACAUCCUGACCACUACAAAGUCUACAAUUUAUGUAGUAAGUGAGAUUAAUAUAAAGGCUGCUUAAUUCAUUCAUUUUAUACAUACCUGAGUGAAUUUCCUCCCAGCACUGGUAACUUUAGUUUUAAUUUGCAUGUAUCUAAAAUGGUGCAACCUGAAAGUUCACCUGUAAGGUGAGCCUUCAAGGUGCACAAAAUAACAAAUUUUUUGAAAGGUGAAGACAUAUUUGUACCACAUCUAUGCUGAAUUUAAGUUGCAAUGAUAGUUAGAUGUUAGUUAUUGAUAUUGUGACAUUUGAUAACUUAAGUACCAGUUAAGGCAUCUGAUUGCAUAUUGUCACUGAUUGGGCUUCUCCCAAAAUCCAACUAUCAAUAUUCUCUACAUUUAUGGUAAUUUAAGCAUUGAGAAUGUGGUUGCGUGUUUAGUAAACAAACCUCUUCAUGGCCAAGGAGGGAAGCUUCAAGGCAAAUGUGAAAUUUUGAGGACAAUCUCCCAGCCAAUGACAUUAUCAGCCAAUAUAACAGCCAGCCAAAAGGGUGUUUAUUUUUCUCAUAACCAUCUCAUAAAUUCUUGUAUCAAGUGACAGCACAUUUUGUUGACUUUUUUUUAAAAUUAAUUGAAAGAAGUUCCAAUAAUAUUUUUUUUAUAGGUGAGAGAAGCUAUGAUCCAUCUGUGUUCCAUAACAGAGUGGAGCGAGUUCUCAUUGAUGAUCACAAUGUACCUAGGCUUAGGUUAGUGUGAUGUUUGUGAGUAGUAAUGAAUCCCCCGAAAAGUAAUUCUCCUUGCCUAGAUACUAAAGGGAAAUGAUAAAGAAUUAGAUAGUGCAUUGUUACUGUUUGAACUAAAAGUCAAAUAAAAUUAUGCUGCAUGUUCAGAGGACUGUAUUCAAGCCAUAAAAAUGUGAUCAGAGAACUGAGGUUUUAAACCAGACUAAUGGCAUGUAACACUUAACUAGUUCAGAAGGAGUUUAAAAAUGUUUUGAUGUAGGUGACACACUCUGCAAAAGUAGUUGACUAUGAAAAGUUCAUUAAGGGCUUAAAGGUAAUUAUUUUGACCGGAGUAACCAGCAACAUGUUAUUAAGUAGGCAGAGGAACUCAGGCAGUCACUGGCUUGUUUUGAAAAGGGAAUUAGUCUUAGACUUCCAAGUUAGUCACUUGUAAUUCUGAGUAACGCAAUACAGCCUUAUUAAUGAGGCAGCUGUAUGCAUAAGUCAAGGUUUUUACAUUUCUAGAAUUUUUCUUUAAAAUACACUUUGUUGGGUCUUAGUAUAUAAUUUAUAUUAAGUUUUACUGGUAAUGGAAAUAAAUUUUUGGCCAUAUGUUGGUGACUUAGGUAGCCAGUGAAACACUGGAGAGAAAGUGUGUGCUAGUUUCUGCACUUCUCACUUAUAACCCCAUUGGUGAUUGCGAGGUUCCAUUACUAAAUAAAUAUACUUUUUUCAUGUUUUGGAACUUUCAGAGAGUUCUUAGUUAUGGUCAAAUUAGUGACUUUGUGGUAUGGUGCCAAAUGACAACCAUGACAGAAUAAUUUCAACUUAUUGAUAAAUAUCCUAGAGAUCUUACCUGUGGAUGUGGUUGUUUUAUUCUUUGUUUCAGUCAGUUGUUAUAUUUUACACACAAUGUGAGAGAAUGGCUUGACAGAGAUCCUAAAAAUGUUAUUGCUGUUCAUUGUAAAGGAGGAAAAGGUGAAAGCAACUUACAAUUGCAGCACAGUUUUAAUGCCAAGUAGCAUGUAUUUUUUUCACAUCUGAUUGAUGAAUGCAGGAAGAAGUGAUUUUGAAAUUGUUUCAUUUGACUGACAUGCUACCAUUUCCUAUUGCCUGAGAUCAAAACUGUCAUCUGUGGGCUAAAACAAAUUGACUGUAUUAACAGUGUGGUCAUACCACCAGGGCAGGAUCAAAUUACUUAUUGCCACAUCGCAAGUUGCCUAAGCAAAUGUUAACAUCAAGAUCUACUUCAUUUAUCAUGUUUGUAAUGAAAUCAAGCAGGAGUGUUGCUUCUCUCUUAUUAAAUUAGCUUUUCAAUUAGUAAAUGACAAAAAUCAAUAGAAUUGACAUAUCACAGGUGUAUUGAAUUUCUAAAUUCAGUGCUUGCAGCAGUAUUAACAAAGUGAAAUUAUCACCAAGGAUUCUACUGUUUGGGGUUUUAAAAUGUGGCUGUUGGCUUUGUUAACAAGGAGUUUUUAUAAGAAAAUGUAUGGUGGUUUUCCCGUGUCAUGAAAAGGUGGCUGUAAGAACGAGGUGACUGUAGUACUGGGGUGGCCAUAAGGUAGGGUUUCAUCAUAGUCUGAGACCCACUUUGAAUUAUAUUCAACAGCAUCUUAAAAGGAAAAUUAGUGAAAAAUACAGCAUUUCUUUGUUGUUUUAUGGAAUUAUUGUACUCCUGUACCAUCAUGGGGCAAAAAUUGGAUCAGAGUAGUUACUGGUAACUGAGUCUGAAAUCCAAUUUCCCAAAAAUGUGUCAAAUUGUUUUACAACACAGUAAAUGUAACCUUUUAUCCUUGAGUUCUCACUAUUUAUUAACCUGUUUGUGUCAUGUAACUGUAACUCAGGGUGCCCACAAUCUACAAUAUUUCAAUGUUGUUACAGGUAUUUCACAGUUUUUCCCUUUAGUUUCAUUCUUAUUAUUAUAGUUCUUAUUGUAUGCAAUUGUUUUUUUUUUAGGUAGAACAGGGACUGCAAUAUGUGCUUGGCUUAUUGCCAGUGGUCAGUUUGAGCAGGCUAAGGUAAUGUUCCUUCAUUACUGGGCCUCCCCCCCCAACAAAGAAAAUAAAUAAACAAAUUAAAGAAAUUAGUUAGUCAUUAUUGAGUCAUCUUGAUGUUCUGCUUGGUUUUCAAUGCAUGACUAUGGGUUAUUUAUGGUUCUUUUUAGCAUAGCCUGGAAUAUUUUGGGCACAGGAGAACUGAUUAUUCAGUAGGAAAUAAAUUUCAAGGAGUGCAGACACCCAGUCAGGUUAGUGUGCAUUGUGUAUGAAUUACAAAUUAAAUGUAAGGUGAAAAACCAUGCCAUGAAAAGACUCCAUUUUAUUUAAUCACAGAUGCCAAGAAUUGAUUUUGGUAUUAAAAAGUUUCUGUCAAGAAUUCCUUUGGAUACAUUUUUUCCCCUAAUAUUGUGUCAUUUCAGAGUCGUUUCGUAGGUUACCUGGAACAAGUGUUUACCAAGUUAAAUGGUCGACUUCCUGCCUCUGUGUCAUAUCGUAUUAAAAACAUCAAGAUUGAUGCAAUAUCUGGUAGGGGAAAUGUCUAUUCUUGUAACAAUAUCUUAAUGGAAAAUUUCAGUGAUUACCAUUCAAUUUGGUACAAUAGAAAAUUCAGUCAACAAAUCAAUCAUUUACUCUCCCAUACACUGAAUGUGUGAUCUCUUUGAGUUUUUGAAGGGCUCUUUAAAUUAUGUUUUCAAACUGGUUUGAUUCUGUAGAGCAACAGUGUUUCACCAUUUCAUUGAUUUCUACAGUAACACUUUCACUUCCAGAUCUCUUUAAUAAUUCUGUAUUGGCAGCCAUACAAUUGAUAUCAUGUUAGUUCAGAGAAUUUGGUAUUGGAUCAACUUAUUAUCCCCAAUUGUUAUUUUCUUUAUUUCCAUCACUUCUCUGUUUGAUAUUGUUUUGGUAUUGUUAGGAGAAAUUCUGUCCUGGUCUUUUUGGAAGUUGAGUGCUUAAUGAAGAUUAUGAAGCUUACAAAUUGGUAUCCUAAUAUAAAAAGACCAUGGCACAAACCUUUGCCUUAGUGAUUCUUGUUGUUGUGUGAAAAAUGUAAUUGAUUGUUUUAUGAAAUUAUUGUAUGAAAACAAAAUCUAUGAAUAGGUAAAUAUUAAUGAUAACAAUUUUUUCCUCUGUUUUUGUUUUUGUUCAGGUAUUGGAGAUGGAAAUGGAAAAGAUCUUUCAUUUGAGAUAAUUAUCAAUGGUAGCACUGUUACGACACUACAUCUAUCAAAUUCACGUCAAGGACAGGUGAGAGAGUGCAUUAGAAUUCUGCACCAUUUUCAUAGGUGUUUUUCUUUGUUAGUUUGAAACCUCUCUUCAAGACCAAGGCCCUUUUUCCAAAAAUUUUAGGAGAAAGGUGAUUAAAGAAACAUUACAGCAUCAUGAAAACUGAAUUAGAGGGGCGGCAGGGGGAAGGCACCUUUUUUCAUUUCUGGUGAUGGUCAAGAUGUUUCAUUUGAGUGGCACUUUUCCUGUUUUAUUACAUGACAGCACAUUACAUCAAACCAAUCUGAAAAUUUUUAUUUAUCACUUACUAAGCAAACCAACUCAAAUAAAUUAUUUAUUUCUGUGGUUAUCUACAUGCAAAUGAUAUGGGCUUGACAUAGUAUUCACUCUCACUUCUAAACAUUCUCACAAGCACACUAUAUGCUACAAUUAAUCAGCUUGCUAAAGUAAACUUUUUUUUUUUCAAUCAAUCAACUUAAGUUUAAAGGAACUCAAAAAUAAACAGCCUAGUAGUUAAUAGGUUGGUAGCCUCUAAGUAUGAGUUAUAGUUUUUAAAAAACAAAAACAGUGAAAAAGCAAAGAUAGAGACAGUUUUUCCUGAGUCUUUUGUUGUUUCCAAUUGUUUCUUUUUUUUCAAAUUUUUCUUUGCUAGCUAUUAAAAUUUGAUAUAUAUUUUUUAAUCCUUCUGAUAGAUACAGCACCUCAGAGAUCUUGACAAAUUAGUUAUUAUUCUCUAUGAGGCAGAAUCCCCUACUCUUACAGGAGACAUCAAAAUAAAGUUUUACUCAUCUAAUUCAGUAAGUAUGUCAUUGUUAUAUUAAUUUUAUAAUGGAGCUCCAGGCUGCGACUGUUCCAGAAUCCACAUUAACUAAAGACAAAAUUGGCAUGGAAACACAUCAAUUUUAUGACCAGUGCCCAGGGAUCAUGUAACAUUUUUAUCACAAAGAGUUUGUUUUGUGGGUUGCUUCAAAUGAAGAAGAUUAUAUAAUGCAGGGUUGUCAUCAGAGAAUGUAAUAGAUGUAUAAUCUGAACAGAGUAAGUGGCUGAAUGAAAAUUAUGCUUGCAUAGCAAGCAUGGCAUGUUGCAAAGCAACACACUCCUUGAGGGGGUCUGGGAGUAUGCUCCCAUGGAAAAAUUUGAAAUUUGAAUUCCAUGAGACAGGAUUUCUAGCAUUCUCAGACACAUUUGAGUACCUUUUUAAUCUAGACAAAGAUGUUAGAAUCAGUUCAAAAAUACAUAUUUUCUGUCUCACAACUCACAAAGCGGCUGGCACAAAAUGGAGUGGCAGGUAGUGGGUUUCUGCCCUGAUAAUUAAUUUGUGAAUUGUUCACACUUUUAGAUUGGUGUGAUGUAGUGUUAACAUUUUGUCCAUGACAGUAUAAUUGUAACUUCCUGGUAUUAAAUCUUAAUUGUAUUAAUUCUUAAUGCUAUUAAAAGUUACUGAUUAAAACCAAAAAAGACCUUGGCAAAAUAAAAUUAAAGAGUGUAUGCCUAUAAGUUUUCAAAUUGUGUCAAAUUUUCCUCUGUCAGAAUGUUCCAAGAGGGUAUGACCAGUGUGCUUUCUUCUUUUGGUUUCACACAAGUUUUAUAGAGAACUCCAGGUAAGGUGGUUCAGAAGUCGAGAGCUUUGAGAGCCGUACAGAGAUGAUGUUUAUCAGGUCUAAAUUUGGGCUCAAUAAAAAUUUAAAUUUGCACUGCCUAUCUUUUCUGAAAACAAAAAAGACUUCUGACUUAAGGUUAGUUUAAAAAUGUUCUGAUGGGGACUGUCUUUUUGACAAAUCUUGCUACCGUGGCAGGAAAGUACGAACAAUAUGACAUUUUGUCUGCCAUAUUGGAUUUCGAGACCCACAACCAUUUACCUUUAAAAAAGCUCUGGCUACUUAAAACCUUAAAGAAAACCCUGUAGAUCUUUAACUGUACUAGUUUUCUAGAUGGAUCAGUGCAAUUAUUAUUGAUGGGUAAUCACAUGAUUUCAAGUGCAAUUUGGUGUUAAUAAGCACAAGUAAAUCUUUCAAAGACAACAAAAUUACAUGAGCCAAUAGGGAAAGUUCUAUUCAUAGUCUUUGAAAAUUUACAAGAGCUUAUGUACACCAACUUGCGUGAGAAAUCAUGUUCUUACUUAUCAGUAAUUUAGCUGAAAAAAGUAUUACAGAAAGUCAAGCUAGAUCAAAUUUUGACAGUGCAUGCAUGCUAUUUAUAAUUUGUACUGUCUCAUGUUGCAACUUUGCUUAAGUUUUAUAUGAAAAAGGCACUUGUUUUCAGUCAAUCAAAUGUGCAUAAUUUUUUCGUUUAUAUUAUUAUUAAUAAUAAUAGGAAUUAAAACUGGAAUUAUUUUUCCCAGUCCUCUCAAAUCCUACUAAUUCUUUUUGGUAGAUUGUGAAUACAAGGUUUCCAUCCAGACUCGUUUCUGUCCUGAGGUGUCCACACUAAUUUCAAAGCUCUCAAACUUGAAGCUGAAGCAUCAAAGUAGUUUUAUACCUUGCCUGUCAAUGGUGAACUUUGAGAUCAAACAUAUUUUGGUUAUAAAGAUGUGUCUUUUUUCUUUCAGACUGUUUCUACGUCGUGGAGAGUUGGAUAAUCCCCACAAACCCAAAACUUGGAAAACAUACAAAGAGAAUUUUGCUGUGGAUAUUACACUUACAAAACUUUGAUAAAAACAAACCAAGACAACUUGAGUGGGUCAACAAUUUGCCCCAAGGGGAAGGAAAUAUUGUCAAUUAUUGGAAGGAAAUGGAUCAGUUGAUUUAUAUAUAACAAGAUUUUCUAAACAUAAGAUAAAUCAUGAUGUCAGAAAAUUUUUCUGCAUUUUUUUCUGUUGUGUCACAUCCUUUUUUUUGGGAACAUCACCAUGUCAGGUCCACAGCCGCAAUUUUUUUUUUCGUUAGUUGGUGGAUUACUUGAUUAAUCCAAGCAAUAUUAUACUCAAAGUAAGAUAAACUUACUGCAUGACCUUGACUUUAUUCAGCCCACAUCAGGCUCUCUGCCAUGGAGCAAACAGUUGGAGUGUGGAAAACAGCAGGGGUCAGGCAAAAGAAAAAAAAAUGGGGAAGGUAAAAGUAGAAUGUGUAAAACUUGAAAUUAACCACUCAAAGGGUAUCCCAGGAGAUUUUCGACUAGAAUGAGGUUUUUCACUUUCCCUUUCACUAACUCUUUUCACUGACUGAGGACUUGGAACGUUCUGUUACACUGAAGAACCAACAUCUCAAAAGCCUAUCCUGGUGGGAAAUUUUUAUAUGACAAAAUUACUCUUGCAAUGGGUGUAAUUAACUUCUAUUUUUAUAUAUAGAGUGAAAACAAUUAAAAAGGAUUUAUAAGCAGAUAAGUUGAAAGUUUAGAUGCAUUGUGAAUUAAUCACUUAUUUAAAUUAUAUAUUGUCAUAAUAUCUAUAAAUUUUAGUGAAUAAUUAGGGUCAAUCUAAUUUUUAUUAAAGGGUAAUUAUUUUUU